AAAUGAAAGAAUGAGUGCAUCCCUGCCUGCUGUAUCUUUACGCUCUUCUGCUACUGUUCUGACUCUGAUUUCUUUGUAAAAUUUGCCUUCACUUUUGUCGUUUUAUGUGACCACGUCAGUCCAACAAAUUGACUAAAUUUUUCAAAUUGAUUUCCCACUUCGAUCGCAAAAAUGGGCUAUGAUCUACGUCGCUUCGUUGGCGAAAUUGAGGAAGAAUUUGUUUGUUCCAUUUGCCGCCGGGUCUUGGAAGAUCCACUUCAAUCCAAAUGCGAGCACAUGUUUUGUAGAGAAUGCAUCCAAGAUUGGCUAUCGAAAAACGCAAGUUGUCCAGAUUGUCGUAAAAAGCUGACAAUCGAUGAUAUGCAAGCACCUGGACGAAUCAUUCGCAAUUUAUUCAACAAGCUGAUCAUCAGAUGUAAUUUUGAGGACCAAGGAUGCAGGAAAAUGAUUAUGCUGGAGUACCUUGAAGAUCACGGUGAAAAUUGUAAAUUCAACCCAAAUAAUGUUGUAGCAAGUGGACCUCCUGCCCGUUACAGCGAAAAUGUGGCAGAUAAUGUAUACUAUUUAGACCAUUUAUGGAGGACAGGCAAUUUUUUGGAUACAAGCAAUUUUAGACCAACAAAUCGGGUCGUAGAAGGAAGUGCCCAGAUGGCAGGAACAAGCUCCCAGGCUGAAAGAGGAAGUUCCCAGGUCGGAGAACAAAGUGCUCAGGUCGAAGUAAAUAGCGCACAGCUCGAAGAGAAUGGUGCUUGUGCCAAUCCCACUAAUGGUCGACAACAGAGAAGGGAAUCCGUCCCCGUCGACAGGAAUAACCGUCCGCUUGCUGAACAAAACAGAAUGCAUGAACGCAACAGGAUGCAUGAACACAGAGAAUCCCUCCCCGUCGACAGGAAUAACCGUCCGCUUGCUGAGUACAACAGAAUGAAUGAACACAACAGAAUGCAUGGACAGAGAGUACUCCAGCCGAAUCUCAUUCCCGAUUUCGAUACCCGUAACAACACUGGACCACCGCAAUGGAAGUUGAUUUACAAUAUGAAAGUGGAAGUUCACGUCAUGGAAGUUAAGGACGAAUGCUUCAACGGCCUUGCUCAAGCAUUAUCACCAACCUGUCCAGCCGAUCCAAGUUUCAAAGUUAAACUUGUGGAUUUCGAUCCAUUAAAGUACGUAGCCGUUGGGCUCGGUUGCGUCGACCACCAAAGAGAAAAAAUUCCUGGCUUGUUUGGAAAGUCUAUCGGAUUCGACAGUGCAGGAGACGUGAUAUAUGGCGGAAUUUCGACAAGACUAUCACCGAAGUGGUACGAUGGCGAUGUCAUCGAGUGUGGAAUCAGAUAUCCGGAUAAUGCCAGGAACAGCACAUCGGUGAAAGUUUACUUUUGCAGAAAUGGACAAUUAAUUACGGAGAAAAAAAUACCGCUUCCAGCGGGCGGCUAUUUUCCAACGAUGUACUCAUUCGAAGGAAUUGCGGGUAGUUGGUGGGAUAAAGGAGUAAUAGUAGUGAGUAGUCCGGACUGUAGGACGAGACUUGUAUACUUUAAGUAAGAUUGUCUGGUCCAUUGGAGGCAGAUUUCAUAGGAAUAAUGGAGGAGAUAAGCAAAAUUGAUCGAUUAAGUGAGGCUGCAAAAUGAUGACGAUAUUCCACCAUUUCAUGUAAUUUGAUCGUCGGUCAAACGAACAUUGGUUGUGGAAUGGAUAAAAGGGUUUGGUCUUUAAGUUGUAAGUUAAUUGAGUUUUUGUAAAGUCGAAUAGAAAUUGUGUUGUAGACGUAAGUACUGCCUGCAUAUUGAACAUCCAAUUAAAUGUUAGUGAAAGCCUCACCUA